AAGGACGGCGCCAUUUCUGUACUGCAACGCAUUUAAAGCUUGGAGGGCUUAUCUGAUCAAAAUGAUGAAACACAAUUAAGUCAUAUGGGCACAAGAUGGCGGCAUUCUUCAUCCCGUGUCGUACUGUGCGCGAUACUGUGGAUCGGCCAUUAUAGUCGACUGUGUGCAGCCUCAGCAGCAGCGGACAGGCCCAUGGCGGCAUGGAGGAGGUGGGGGAUGCCAGCCGCACAUCCAUCAUCCAGCCGGCGCGACUAGGCAGAUCCGGGUGGGCUAUGGCGGCACCCACCGCUCGCUUGGACGACGCUUGGCCGAAUGUGGGAGCAGAUCAGCCGCUGAAAAGCUGCGCGUCCGCCGCUGCGACGCUGCCCCUGGAUGGUAGCGAUGGCACUGAGGAUGAUGAUGCCGGGCUGGAGCCUCUAGAGCACGGACGCAACAGCACGUCUCCCGGGGAAAGCAAGUCCAUGCAGGAUCCGGUGGACCAUUUCGACGAGACUUUGUCCUUUUGCUUCGGGGAUGUGAGCACAUUGGCGGCCAACGCCGACUUAGUGACGGACGUCUGCCAGGACACGCUUCUACAGGGGGACGAGAUCUGGACCGCCUUAACCAAAAGCUUCGGGCAGGUGAUGCCUCUGGACUGGGACCAUUCCCACACACGCUCCCUCCACAUGCCAUCUAUAUUCAGCGAGGAAAAGAAAGCGACGAGGGAUGUCACGGCGGAGCAGUCGGAUGACGAGGAGCUAAGGGAGCAGUUGGACAUGCACUCCAUCAUCGUCUCGUGCAUCGGCGAGGAGCCUCUUUUCACAGCUGAGCAGGUGAUCGAAGAGUUAGAGGAGAUGAUGCAGGACUCUCCUGACUUUGAAGCACAGCAGAAUCCUUCACAGUCAGACCUUUCCAUGCUGUGUGUGGAUGUGCAGCAGCCCGAUAGAAGCCUCAGCUACCAAGACAGGGUGAGGAUGCUGAACGUAGCGGAGCUAAACGAGAGCUUGGAGGAAACAGAGGCGUCCAUCAGGAGGUUCUCAGAGGAGCUGGUGCAGCAGCUGGCCCUCAGGGAUGAGCUGGUUUUUGAGAAGGAGGUAAAGAACAGUUUCAUCUCAGCACUCAUCGACGUGCAAAACCGACAGAAGGAGCACCGCGAGGCGCUGAAGAAGAAGAAGAAGCUUAAAGGGACAGCUGGAUUGUCGCAAGGAUACAUAGAGAAGACGCUGGGAUCACGUUUCAGCAUGGAGGGCCUCUCUUCAAUUAUCCAAAACAGCUUUCGCCAAACAUUUGGGAGCGAAUGCAGUGAGGGACAGUAUUUGACUACCGUUAUCCCGUACGAAAAAAAAGGACAUCCUCCUUCAAUCGAGGACCUCCAGAUCCUGAUCAAAAUCCUGCACGCCAUGAGAGAAGACAGCGACAAGGUGCCAGGUCUGCUAACAGACUACAUUCUCAAAGAAACCGAACGUUGUAAAGCAAGUUUAACCGAGCAACGCAGGAAGUGAUCCCUGAUCAGUGGGUGUGACACGUUAACACCCAAUCAGGUAACAGUAUCAACUAUCAUGUUUGGUUGUGCCAUCUUGUUGUCUCGCGGUUGAUUCUUUGCAUGGAGUGAGAAGUGAGAGCUGCAGAGAGUGAAUACAUUGUGGAUAAAACAGGAAAAGUCACCUUGACAGUAUGGCAGUUUUUUGGAUUUUUUUAAACAGACCGUAGUCAGACCAAAGUGGUCUGUAAACUAUGCAAGGCCCCACCAAGACCGGUGAUACCACGUCACCUUAGCCGUGCUUACACUUUAGAGCACAUCCGUAACUUCCUGGCAAUAAACAUGCAAAAAAAUAGUUUUUCUCAGGUUUGUCCAUUUACAUUUUCACACUUUGCACUAUUUUCUUACACUUUAUUCAAGCAUUUCUUACAUAUUCCUUAUUUUUGCACCUUAAUUUUAAGAGUUUAUUGUUAAGUGUUCAAUGAGCUUUGUUUACAUUUAUUGAAUGGGUUUUCCUUGGUUGUGUUGACAUAUUCGUUCCUUUCUGUCUUGAUAGCUAAGGGGCUUAUAAUCAGAGGAAGGUUGCAUUUGAAAUAAAAAUGUUUACAUUCAAUAUAUUUUCUCCUGGCCAUUAUUUUAGAUAGGUCAUAAAAAAAAUCAAUAAUUAUCGAUAUUGUGAUACAGUUUUAAGCCAUAUCGCCCAGCCCUAUAUUAAAUACACUUAACUAGACGUCGGUCCUCUGAAUGGGAAAUUUGAGUACAAAAAACUAGACGAAACGGUGGACCAACAUUAAGUAUUUCGCACACUCUGCAGGAAGGAGUUUUCUUUUUAUCAAAUUACUUAACACAAAAGGAGUAACAGGUCCUCUUUUAAUAUGGAUAAACGAUUGUUAGGAGUUGCGCAAUAUAUAAACAAUACAAAUUAAAUAUAGUGGCCAUCGUUAGAGCUUUUAAUACUAUGGUUAUAUCGUGAUAAUGCAUGUUGACACCUUCUAGCUGUGUCCCGCAAAUUUGACAGCCCCAAGCGAACAGAGGCGUCCUCAAUGCAUUGCACAAUAGGCUAACGUCGCUCCACAGUGCCGCUUCUAAAUCACUAAUCCUUGCCUCCAACACG